UUUUGAAACAACUUGAGAGCAUUGAUCAUCAAACUGAAAUGACUGCCAGUUCCAGUUUACAUGUAAUAUUAAAUCUUUCAAUAUUUGGCUGUUUAUUAAUUGUGGAUACGUCCGGUUUCCCUAGCGAAAGGCAGCGUUCCUUAAACGAGUGGUUUGAUUUUUUCACUUAUUUAUUUGACGAUUCCGAGGAAACAUCUGACAAUGCGAAAACCGAUGAGAAGUAUUUAAUUUGCCGCAAUUGUGAGGUAAUUGUCGCCGCUUCUGAAGACGUUGCCCAUAAGGAUGGGAUUGUCAUCUACAAGAAUACAACAACUAAGCCUAUGGAACUCGAUACCACAGAAGCAUUACAAGAUCCGAAAAAGGAAGAAGGCGAGUAAAGCAAAGCACCACAUUAACGUCGCGAAUAUACGCAUCAUUUCAGCUAAGGGGAUCGUGUUGUUCAAAAUUUGUAUAUUACUUUUAUGUAUAUGUAUUUUCUA